CUAGUAUUAGCAUUAUAAAAGCUGGUGCUUUUGUAAAAGUAAAGAGAAAAGAAGUUGAAAGAAUUCCGUUUUAUUAAAAAUUCCGGGUUAUAAUGGUAAAAAUUUGCAACGAGAUGGAUACCCAAUCAAAAUUAGAUAUUUGUUCAUUUAAGUCAUGGUAUAAAAAGUUUGAAAAAAUUACGAUCCCCUCAAUUUGUAUUCACAUUCCAAAGGACGUUUUAGAGUAUUUUCGUGAUGAGCUAGUAAUUUUACCAAAAGAGUGCUAUACUUCAAUAGUAGAAGAGGAUAGCGAAUGGGAUAAUGAAAUAAACGAAGAUAAUACACCCGAAUAUCCAGAAUUCAGUAAUAAUAUUCGAAACGCGAUAAAGGAAUUGGAUGGCUCCGUAUUUUUAAAAACAAACUGGCACUGCCCAAAAGAUGCUUUUUGGAUAACAGCUGGACAAACUUUGAAAGUUAAAGAUAUAAUAGAUGCUUAUCAACUAAUUAAAGCUUCUAGCAUUAUUAAAAGAGAUUUAAAUUUUUGGUACUUAGAUAAUCAAAACAAUCAAAGUACUAGAGAUUUUUACUUGAUAUUACGAAAAUGGAUGGAUAUUCAUCCAGGAACUGAAUUCAGAUGUUUUGUACGAAACAACAAAUUGAUUGCAAUAUCUCCUAGAGAUUGGCCUCAAUUUCAUAAACAUAUUAUUCAACAAAAGCAUGAGAUAGUGAAUGACAUACUAUCUCUUUUUAAAGAAAAAAUUCAAUAUCAGUUCCCCUUAGAUGAUUAUUGUUUUGACGUUGUAAGGCAAAGAAAAGAUAAUGUUAUUUUACUAGACUUUUCGACUUUUGAAGAGAAUUUUACGGAUGCGUUGGCUUUUGAUUGGGAGUUUUUAAAAAGUGAAGAAAUUAUUGCAGAGGAAAAUGAAGCCGGCCUUCCCGAAUUUCGUUAUUUAAACUCAGAUUGCGGCAUUCAACCACACAGUAGAAAUAAUUAUGCGAUUCCACAAGAUAUAAUAGACAUGUUCAAUCCACAAAAUUCAGACACUAGAAGUAAUUUAACAGAUUUAUUAGCUGCUAGAGUUCAAGAGGAAAUGGAAUUACAAAAUCGAGAAAGCUGAAAGAAAUAUCAAGAAAUGAAUAGAAGAUUUACAAAAAUUUGCUUGUAUAAUAACUUUAAAAGGUAGUUUGAUAGAUAUGUGGAUAAGUAAAUAAAACAAUACCAAAUAGCUUGUAAUUCAGUAACAUUUUCGAAUGGUCAACUCUUUUUUUUUUAAAGUACCUAUUCAAACUAUUAUAACAAUAAAAUUGUACGGUGAUUACAAUUUCUAAAAUGUGAUUUCUUAAUUAAAAUGUUAUUUUGAAUUGGCAAAAGCAA